AUGCCCGGUGUUAAUACCGAAAAUAGCGACGAAGGUUCUAUCGAUUAUCCUAUUCGUUCGAUCGAUUUAUUAAAUUCUGGAAAUCACGAGGUUGCGGAUUUGGAAGUGAGCGAAACUAAACAUCACCCUCACCACGAACAUCACGGUUCGGAGCACCAUCACCAUCACGGUAAACACGAGCGUCAUCAUCACAAGCACCAUCACCACGACGAUGGUCAUAAGCAUGACGAAGGCGAACACCACAAAUGGAAUAAGCAUCGCCACCACGACCAUCACGAAGACGGCGACCACCAUCACAAAAAACACGGUCAUCACCACGAGAAACACCAUCACGGCAAACACGACAAAGAAAGCGAUCGUCAUCAUCGAGAACAUCACGGCGACGGCCAUCAUCACGAAAAAAAGGGGGACCAUCACCAUAAGAGCCACGGCCACAAGAAGGACGGCUUUAAAAACUAUUACCACAAAGAAGAACACGGCCACCACAAAACCUAUCACGAUCAUCACCACGAUGGCGAUCAUCACAGCAAACAUCACGAAGACCACGAUAAACACGAACACCACAAAAAGAAACAUCACGGACACCAUCACGAUAAAGGCCAUCAUCACGACGACGAAGACGAACAUCACCACCAUAAACACCAUAAAGGCGAACAUCACAACCAUCACGGAGAUCAUCAUAAUAAACACGGACAUCACGAAAAGAAAGAACACGAUCAUCAUCACAAAGGCCAUCAUCAUCAUCACGAACACGACGAACACGGAGGACACGGACACGAACACCACAAAGAAUAUCACAGCGGUCACCCUCAUCACCAUCACGAUCAUCACCACCAUCAUCAUCACUAAUUUAGCAACGGCGUG